CAGUCCCUCAACUUGUGCCCGGGAGCCGGCAACCGGAGGGGGACGGCUGACCCCUAGGUCUCCCCUUGGACCGGGAGGCUGGAAACCGAGGAGGGAAGCUUCUCCUAGAGGAGCGGAGGGGGAGGGGCGGGCGCCGCGCCUUGGCUCUUUGUGCUGGAACAAUGACCAGCUGCCGCCGGCCCUCGGGCUCGGCAGGGAUAGCCGAUGACCCGCUCGACGAGCCUCGAGCCGGCCGAGCCUCCGAACACACUCACAGUCGCUAGGCCACGGCGCGAGGAAUCCCGAGCACCGCCGAGCAGCCCCCGCGUGCGCCCUGGCGGGCACGCGUGACGUGGGUUACUUGCGCGUGUCCGCGCCCUGGGGCGGGGACGCUCCUCGGACCCCUCCCCCCGAUCGGCGCGCACCGCCCACUCGGGCCGGGCGGGGGCUGGUCAGGGCCGGGGGCGCCGGCUAGGCGGAGGCGGGGCCGAGCCGGGCAGCUCCGAGUGGCCGCGCGCGGGCUGGAGCGGGCGGCGCGCCUGUGGAGUGCUGGGGCGGCCCGGGGCUGAGCAUGGAGCCGCGCGGCGGAGGGGUUAUUCUGAAGAUCAACUAAAGCGGGAAGGUUUAUAAAGGUUGGCAGUGGGACAGGGCCUGUGUAGGCUCCCUUAGUCCCGACUGAUGGCAGAAGCUAAGAGUUGACAUGGAAACAAGCACAGCCUGCGGCAGCCUCUGGGAGGUUGCCCCGGAGGCCCCUGGCCAGGCCUGAGCCUCUGCCAGCAUGGCCAUUGUGCAUACUCUGCCAGUGCCGCUGGAGCCCGCACGUGAGACGGCCACUGCCCCACAAACUCCAGCAAUGGGCAGCGUGAGUAGCCUUAUCUCAGGCCGGCCCUGUCCUGGGGGACCUGCUCCUCAACGCCACCAUGGAGUCCCUGGGCCCACCUUCUUCCGCCAGCAGGAUGGGCUGCUACGGGGUGGCUAUGAGGCACAGGAACCACUCUGCCCAGCUGUGCCACCCAGGAAGGCUGUCCCAGGCAACAGCUUUACCUAUGUCAAUGAAGACUUCCGGACAGAGUCACCUCCCAGCCCAAGCAGUGACGUCGAAGAUCCCCGAGAACAUCAGGCACACAAUGCCCACCUCCGUGGGCCCCCACCGAAGCUCAUCCCUGUCUCUGGAAAGCUGGAAAAGAAUAUGGAGAAGAUCCUGAUCCGGCCAACAGCCUUCAAGCCGGUGCUGCCCAAACCUCGGGGGGCACCAUCCCUACCUGGCUUCCUUGGUCCUCGAGCUGCUGGGCUAUCUGGGAGCCAGGGCAGCCUGACACAGCUGUUUGGGGGGCCAGCCUCUUCCUCCUCCUCUUCCUCUUCCUCCUCUGCUGCUGACAAACCCUUGCCACUGAGUGGCUGGGCCAGCGGCUGCCCUUCAGGAACACUCUCAGACUCUGGCCGGAAUUCUUUAUCCAGCUUACCCACCUAUAGCACCGGAGGUGCCGAGCCAACCACCAACUCCCCAGGUGGGCACCUGCCCUCCCACGGCCCUGGCCGAGGGGCACUGCCUGGUCCAGCCCGAGGGGUCCCUACUGGGCCCUCCCAUUCAGACAGUGGCCGGUCCUCCUCCAGCAAAAGCACGGGUUCCUUGGGGGGUCGUGUAGCUGGGGGGCUCUUGGGCAGUGGCGCCCGGGCCUCCUCUGACAGCAGUUCCGGUGGAGACCGCUCUCCACCCCCUCCCCCUCCGCCACCUCCACCCCCUUCGGAUGAGGCCUUGCUACACUGUGUCCUGGAAGGGAAGCUCCGAGACCGGGAGGCGGAGCUGCAGCACCUGCGGGACAGCAUGGAUGAGAGUGAGGCCACCGUGAGUCAGGCAUUCGGGGCCCGGCAGCGGCGCUGGCCACGCGAGCGGGAGGACUGUGCAGCCCAGGCACAGCAGGCCACGCAGCGUGUCCAGCGGGCCCAACAGCUGCUGCAGCUGCAGGUGCUCCAGCUGCAGCAGGAGAAGCGCCAGCUGCAGGAUGACUUCGCCCAGCUGCUGCAGGAGCGAGAGCAGCUGGAGCGCCGCUGUGCCACCUUUGAACGGGAGCAGCGGGAACUUGGGCCGCGGCUGGAGGAGACCAAGUGGGAGGUGUGUCAGAAAUCAGGUGAGAUCUCCCUGCUGAAGCAGCAACUGAAGGAAUCUCAGGCAGAGCUGGUCCAGAAGGGCAGUGAGCUGGUGGCGCUGCGGGUGGCCCUCCGUGAGGCCCGGGCUGCCUUGCGGGUCAGUGAGGGCCGAGCCAGGGGCCUGCAGGAGGCGGCCCGCGCUCGCGAGCUGGAGCUGGAGGCCUGCUCGCAGGAGCUACAGCGGUACCGCCAGGAGGCUGACCGGCUCCGGGAGAAGGCCGGGCAUUUGGAUGCUGAAGCGUCAGGACUCCGGGAGCCCUCUGUACCCACUGCCGCCGCCGACCCGUUCCUCCUGGCGGAGAGUGACGAGGCUAAGGUGCAGCGGGCAGCAGCUGGGGCCGGGGGCAGCCUGCGGGCUCAGGUGGAACGGCUGCGCCAAGAACUGCAGCGGGAGCAGCGGCGAGGGGACGAGCAACGGGACAGCUUUGAGGGAGAGCGGCUGGCCUGGCAGGCGGAGAAGGAACAGGUGAUCCGCUACCAGAAGCAGCUGCAGCACAACUAUAUCCAGAUGUACCGGAGAAACCGGCAACUGGAGCAGGAACUGCAGCAACUGAGCCUGGAGCUGGAGGCCCGCGAGCUUGCAGACCUGGGCCUGGCAGAGCCGGCCCCCUGCAUCUGUCUGGAGGAGAUUACUGCCACUGAGAUCUAGGGCUCUGCCGGGGUGCGAGCCCACCUACCCCGGGAUCCACUGAGCGCGCACUCCAGGUCUCAGAGCCAAAGGGCCUCUGCCAAGCGUUCGGGUGGCCCAGUAACUUGGAGAAAUAGAAUCAACCCUCCGUGUCACCGUCACCCAGAGGUUCCUGCCCACUCUGCCAUUUCACUCCCCCACUGUCGCCACUGCCAGCCCACUGGGAAAGGAAAGGGGCUACCCUGUCUCCACAUUCUACCUGCCUGAAGCCAGAGAGAGCCAGAUGGCACCAGCUGCUCCAGAUGUGCCUGCCCUCAACAUGCCCGCGUGGAGGGGCAGGGCUAGGAAUGGGGCUGAUCCCCAUGUCCAGCUCUGCAAGCCUCCUCUGGGCUGAGGGGGCUGAAGUCAGACCAAAGGAAGAACUCAGCAGUGUCUUGUUUAUUUGUGUUUGUGACCAAGCCGCCCUCCCCAGUUCCAGGGGUACGGCCUCGUUUCCACUUGUAUAUUUUUCACACUGUAAAUUUCUUGUACAAACCCAAAGAAAAAAAUUAAAAAAAAAAAGUUUCGUUUU